AUGAGGAAGAAUCGAACGCUUAGAAGACCUGAACAAAAAAAAUUUAUCACGGAAAAAUUGUCCAUUGUUGAGGGCAAGAACAAAGAACUGAAGGCGAAACAGGCAAAAAAGAGCAAAAAGACAAAAAACAAGGAAAAUGUCGACGACAAAAAGGCAGCGGGAGAAGAAAAACUACAAAAGCAAGUUGAAGCAACAAUCAAAAGCAUGCAAAAAGCGGCACAAGGCAUGACUUUGCGUUCGCACAAACAAACUAUCCUAACUUCCGUUGCCGGAAGUCGCUUAAUGAAUUACGCCAAUGUCUACGAUCAACACAAAAAGGACUUGGCAGAGAAGAAAAAGCAAGAGGAGGAACAAAAAACCAUCGUAAAACCCUUCAAAGCUCGUCCUGUCCCAAAAUUCGUUCAUGCCAAGACAACAACUGCCCCAAAAAAGGAAGAAACUGCCAAAAAUGUCGUCAAAGUAGCUCCCAAGCCAAAACCUCCGGUAGCUCAUGUCGCUCCGACUCGUCGUACGGCUCCCGCUGUAGAAAAAGAGAAAAAACCCGAGCCCAAAAAACGCACUUUUGUUCCGACUUUUACUCGAAAAUCCGUUGCUGAAGUCGUUAAAAAGCCUCAAGCGCCUCAACCGAAGCCGGAGGUGAAGAAAUUUGUCGCUACUGUCCCAAAAUACCUUCGAAAGGAGCCUUUUAAGGUUAAUUUGCCCGAAAAGAAACGCACGACCGAGGUAAAGCCCUUUAAGUUAUCCAUCGCUACUCGGAUCGAUGAUCGCCACAAAUCCGAUGCUGAACGAAGGAAAAUCGUCGAGGAACGUAAUCGCAAGUUGAUGGAAGAGAAGAAAAAGAAGGAGGAGGAAGAGAUUAAGACUUUGCGAAAACUUCGGGAAUUCCGGGCGAGCGUAAAUCCCUUCAACAAGGCAAAAAACGCGAAGAAAACUGCACCAACUCAGCCAGUUAAUGAGUUGCCGGCAGCUGAAAAAGCUUAAUUUUCGUUAAUUGACUUUUUACUUACCGAACCAAUAUUAUUUUUUGUG